AUGGACUCCAGCGGAUGCCCUCGGCUCCUGGCACUGCUGCAGCUCGUGGGAGAGGCCCUGCUGCUGGCUCACGUGCCCGCGGCCGCUCCUUCCCGGCCCGCGGAGGCCUCCACGAUCACCUCCAGAGCCGGGGAGACCGUCAGGCUGCACUGCAGGCCCCAUCCCGCCGGGCAGCCCAUCCGGCGGGUCUCGUGGACCCUCCUCCAGGACGGCCCCCACGCCACGGUCCACAGCUACUCGAACGGCACCGACCAGCUCGAGGACCAGGACGCCAGGUUCGCCCGCCGCACGGGGCUCUCCGUCCGGCCCGGGGAGGCCGUGCUGACGCUCAGGGACGUCAGGCCUCGGGACAGCGGGACCUAUCGGUGUCACCUGGGGGACGGCCGGGCGGCCGUACCCCGAGACGUGUUCCUUCAUGUCAUGGCUCCGGGCGGUCCAGGGCUUGAGGAGGGCGGAGUGGAGGCGAGGCAGCCCCGCGCCCGGGGCGGAGAUGAUGUCCCCGAAGAGCCGGUCCAGCUCGGCAUCGUGGCGGACGGCCUGCUGCAGGUGCGCCGGGGAGAUGCGUUGCCGGCCGUGGGCCCCGGCGGUGUGACCGGCCAGCUCCAGGAGCUCGGCCGCCAGGUACUCCAGCACGGCGGCCAGGAAGACCGGGGCGCCCGCGGACACCCUCUGGGAGUAGUGGCCGCGGCGCAGGAAGCGGUCCACCAGGCUCACCGAGAACCGCAGCCGGGCCCGGGAGGAGCGAGAGCGGCGAGGGCCCGAGCGGCGCGGGCCGGCGCGGGAGCCCUCCGGAGAGGGCACGCGGUCGGACAUGACGACGCUCCUCCGCGGCCCUGGAGGCCCCAGCCCUUUAUAAUCCUGAGGCCGGGCGGCCCGAUUGACCGGAGCAAAGCCGACGGGGCCUUUUGUCGGCCAGUCCUGGCCGGUGGUGAGGUCAUAAAGGAACCACGGGCUUCCGGUCGGGCCCUGUCUCUGGGAUCGGUUUCUGCAGAAUCAUCAGGUUGGACACAGUCCCUGUCCUUCAUAACUUUGGUUUCUGGUAUCGGUUAA